GUUUGCUAGAAACAGGCAUACCUGAGGCAGAGUCAUUCCUGCUGCACCUGCUGACAGCUUUGACUUUGCUUUAGCUCGGAUUUACUUCAACAUGACCAAGUGAUCCCACCAGAGGGUUGAUUAAAAAAAAAACAAAAACAAAAAAAACAGCUUUUUUCUGCCUGCGUAUUAAAUCAGUCGACGUCGACAAUGAAGAAGGGGCUGCAUUUUUUGGGUCGGAAGAACCAAUCUCUUUAUGACACCAACUUUAAAAUUCCAGACAGGGACAGUGUUCAGCUGGUGCUGGAGGAGUCAGAGUCUGCAAUCUUCGAAUCUGGGACUGCCAACGUGAGGGCCAGACCCACCGUUAAGCAUCAUGCUUUCUCGUUUGAAACCUUCCAAGGACUUGCUGUCCCAACUCCGAAAGUCCCUGAACUUCCCCCUGCCAAUGGCCCAAUAGUCAAUCGGACAGGCGCUGGAGAUCCUUCCUCCACUGGAUCUGUUGUGUCCGUGCCAGGCCACAUUGAAGAGAAGAUCUUUGUUCCUCCUCCUCCUCCUUCAGCGGCCCCUCCACCUCCUCCCGUGAAUUUCAUCCCUCCUCCACCAGACUUCCUGGGGGACCUAAACAGCUUAGAUCCUGUGGCCCUCCAGGCUCCAUCCAUGCCUGCUCCAAAACCACCAUCUAUGGUGGAGGAGGAUUUGUCCCUUUUGAAACCACCACCAAUGGCACCUCCAAAACCUCCAUCUACCUGUUCUUCUGGAUCUGGGUCAGCAGCACCUGUCUCUGUUCCACCACCAACCCAAGUGCCAGAAUGUCCAAAAUUUGCCCCUCCGCAACCACCUACUGAAAAGCACCAGAAGAGUCAUAAGGUCCCACCUCCAAAACCUAUCAGAUCGUCUUCGGUGUCCACUGCUGAGCCCCCAGCACAGCCUCCCCAAGUGCCCACCUCCACAUUGUCCACCUUCACUUCCCAGAACAAAGCAAAGGUGAUUGAUCCUCCAAAGCACACAGUGCUGUGGAAUGGGAAGGAUAAUCAGACGGCAACACAGCAGCAGAUGUUAGUCUUGCAAGAAUCAGGGUCAGCUAACUCUGCUCCUGCUGUGAUGAAGAUGGAUGGAAAAGCCCCUCAAACUCCUCAGCUACCUAAACCAGAGCCCAAACCUGUACAACACAAGGGGGCUUUAGAAAUUAAAAAACCUGAAUUACCUGAAGUUCCCAAAGAACCUAAAAUAGAGGCAAAGACAGAGAUUAAAGCAAAGUCUCCAACAGAGUCUAAAGCAGACAUUGUUCCAGCUCAGUCAGAGAUAACUAAAGCCCUCCAGCCUCUACCAUUGCAUAGAACGACUAAUGUCCAGAUCAAUUCAGAGUCCAAGAGCAUACUGGAAGUCUCUCCAGGUCAAAGCCGCAGUUUCAGCCCUCUGUUGGAUUGUAAACUGGACAGCCUGAAGGCUAAUGAACCCAAACACAAUUCAACCUCACCGUUCGCUCUACUGAAGGCAGCUAAGGAAAGAGAGAAAAAUAAAAACACUCAAUCUUUGUCCCGUGAAAGCAGCACCAGGAGAAAUGAACCAACAAGUCCUAAUUCCUUCAUACCAAGAUCAACGUCUUCAGUUCUACCAAGUCAAAAUAGACUACAGGAGAAUGCAACUCUUAGGCCUGCAGAAACUAAAACAGUGAUUCAGGCUACAGAAACACCCAUGGGUUCGACUGCACUGGCCAAAGAUCAGAAACUCUCAACUGAUCCAGUUUUGAGUAAAUUCACAUCACUUUCAGCUCCAGCUGUAAGCAACCUGACUGAGCAGAAGCAAAGAGCAGAAGAAAAGCAAUUCAAAUCUCAUGAUGUACAGAAUGAUACUCCUAAACAGGAUAUGAAUUUGCCAUUGCUGCCCCCACCACCAGAGUUUGGUGACUUUGAUAAAAUACCAGAGCAACCCCCCUCCUUUUGUCCACCCAAUCCUCCCACAAUAAAAGCACCGACACCACCUAAAGCUUCGGCUCAAGCGCCGCCUCCCACCCCAGCUCCAGCUCCAGCUCAAGUGACAGCUCAGACCCCAACUCAAGCUUCUGCCCCAACUCAAGCUCCAGCACCAACACCAGCUAAAGCCCCAGCCAAAGCUCAAGCUCCAGCUCCUUCACCGCCAAAGCUCCCACCUUCUGACAUACAAGUCAAACCAAAGCCACCAGUCCAGACUAAAUCCAAUCCAGCCCCUACUCAAGUACCAUCCAAUCUUUCACAAAACCAGGCCACCCUCCUUAGUAUUUUACAGAAAAAGAUGUUGGUAAUGGACCAAAAAAUGGCCCCAGUUAAUGACUCGGAGCACAAUUCUGAUGACUGGAGUACUGGCUUUUCUGACGAAGACAACAAGGUGCCAGCAGUGCCACAACCUAAACAGGGGACCAUAAACCCACCUACCCCCGCCAACAAAGCAGCAUCUUUUAACAUGAAAGAAUUGGAGACCAAAGUUAACAAAUACCAGAGUACACAAGUGAAGAGUCCCACCAAAAAUGGGAUACGUUCAAGGCACCAGUAUGGGAUGACUUUCACCAUCAGGCCAGGAACUAAACAGCCCAUAACUCUUGCUAGUAAAGGGGAUUCCUAAAGGUCUUUGAAUGUAGAACAAACCUGCUGUCUACAAAAUAACAUAUGCCAAGCCCCUAACAUGGAUAUUUUGUGAGAUUUCUUCCUGUGUCUGCAACACCUGAUACUGCACAAACUGAGUUUCGGUGAAAAUAAUAAUAAUAAAAAAAUUCAUUAAAAAACCUAAAAAAAA